UCAAGUUGACAUAUGAUAUGUGCAUGCAUAGCUUCUACCAAGUUUGCCCUGGACACUUAAAAACCCGAGAGCUAUAGCAGUUUACGAAUUGAUAAUGGACGGUGAUUCUUGGUAAUGUGCUGAAUACUUUUGAUGCAGAUACUUUUCAAAAGUUACCAGACAGAAUGCGAUGGGAUGAUAUCUUAAAGGGAAACAUUCUGGCCACUGUUAACGGAGGAUGCUCUGCUUAUACAAGGACUUUUAAAUGUUCACUGGUGUGACGACUUUAGGAACAGUGCUCAUCACUUUUGAGACGGAUGUUUUACACGUGCAUGAGAUUAAACCCUAUUCGAUGAGGCCAUAUUUUUAUGGAUUAUACAAUUGCCCAAUAUAACAGAGUGGUACCAUGUACACGUAGAUAUUUACCGAUUCUUCAUUGUAAAACACAGCAUGCACAGCAUGAACAUUAUGCUUGUGCUGAGUUUCAGUACUAUCAGUUUAUCAUGGUGUGCGAAUGUUUUUUUUAAUUUAAACAAGAAUAAAUAUGAAGAAGGUCGAAAUCUGUACGAGAUCAUGAACAGCCAUACCAAGCGUCCCAUAUACGGUCAGUGUUGGAAGGACACCCUAGUGAAAAUCAAGACUGGCUGUCGGGACUUAACCGAUGUUGUUCAAAGUCGUAUGGCGUUAUCAUAUCUUAACUGUUUUCUCAAGGUUAAUGGGAGGACCGUUUACACGUGUGGUGUAGAAGAUCCUGUUCAUGAGUGUACACAAGCCAUGUCUGAUACAGACAUGAGUACAUUUGCGACAUUUUUUACUCAAACACAUAACAUUUGUUAUUUUCUUGAAGCUCAAAAUUGGCAGAAUGAAGCAGAGCAGACGAUAUCAAAAUUAGCAAAAAGUUCGGCAAACGUGGUUGAAAUUUUGGAAGACAGCGCAAUUCACCAACAAGCAAUAAUACACCGACAAAACCUCACUUUAGAAAAUCAAGACAUAAUUUUAUUGAAAGCGACCAAUCUUAGUAAUGUAAUUUUAACAGCGUCUACAAAUGUCUUCGAUUUUUUUUCUGUAUUGGAAAAGAGGACAUUUGACCAGAAACUCUUGAUAAAUGACAUUUUCGAUAAGGUUGCAAAGUUGCAGACGACCGUCCUGGGAGGCUUUUCUCGAUUUUACUCCUUGGUAUAUUACACCUUGUCUGUUAUAGUGUCCUGUUUAUUGACUUCUGCCAGCCGAACAGCGGGCGCAAGGUUCUGGCUGUUAGCUAUAAUGACAGUCAAUAUCAUAGUCGAGAGGUUGUUUAUAUAUUACUUCAGUGGAUCUUUCUCUGUAAAGGAGGUCAAUAAAAUGACCGAGGCUGAAAUUGAGGAGACCGUUUACACAUACCAAUGGUUGUGUAGAGAGGUGAGCGCAAUCCUGUCUAUUGCUGUCCUCGUCUUCUACAUAUACAUCUACAGAAACCUCAAAGUCAUCAACAACCAGCUGCUGCUGAAACUGAAGAAACAAAACUCGGAGCUCAAACAUCAAGUCAAGGAACUCUCUAAAGAUAUUUCUAUAAUUCGUCAUUACAUCAUGAAUCAACCAAUCGCAGAUUCUGACGAUUCGGAUGCUGAAUCAUCAAGUAAAAUCCUUCCGGCACGAAGGAAACAGAAGAAGUCGAUAUCUCCUCUACAGGUUUUGCCAACGACGGCCAACGCCAACGAAACUAAUAUAGAGGCAGACGAUCGGAGUGAAAUCACUGUGGAAACUAGUGAUCGGGAGCAAGCGGUAGCCACUUCCGGUACAGAGACAUCAUCUACAAGUUCCGGUGCCGAAGGAUCAGGAAGUAGGUCAGAGGGACUUGGAACUUCUCCAAUUGCAAGGAGAUCAAUGACAACGUCCGACACAGAGAGAUCGGUAUCCACUUCCGGUGCAGAUAUGACUCCCUUAGUAGACACGCCACAGUCAUCCGGGUAUUCGCUAAGAUCGAUGAGUCGUCCGAGAACGCCACCGUGACAUGUUAUACUCCUACGUCCCAGGAUGCUGAUGGCCUGCAUCAUGAUAUCUAUAAUCCUAGCUCAUUGUUGGUUCACUUUCUUAGGUAUGAUAGUAGGUGACAAGGUUAAAAAAAGAUAAUAAUUGUCCUAAUUAUGAUUUGACAAAAAUUAUUAAAUCACCUAUCCACAUUUCAUUAACAAUGAAGUUAGAAAAGGCUCUCCAGUGGCGAAUCAACUGUGACAUGUGCCAUGAUGAAAAAUCCGGGGAGAGACUCGUAUUUUAUGACUGAGGAAAGUAUAAAUCAGCGUUUUUCUAAUAGUGUCUUUCUGGAUACGCCGCAGUGGGCCAGUUCUAAAUCGAGACGAGGGGGUUCAAAGACUAUCGCACAUUUAUGACAAAGCAUUAAACAAAGCGUAGCUUAAUCGAGUAAUUUCGGUACAUAUAUAACCACUAUUGUACUAUACAUACGCUUAAAGCGUAGCCGAAUCGACACCGAUUUUGUGGACAACUCGUACACAUUUUACACCCUUGUGUGCAUACGCUUCACUGGUCCUUUGUCUGAUGAAGAUGACAGUGUACAUAUCGUAUGAGUCAUCGAAACGACGUCACAUAGAAAAGUCUUUUGGUUGUGUAAAAAGAACUUUUCAUAGUGUAUAAAUCAGCGACAGUUAAAGUAUGUGGAAGUGUUUCCUGAGGUGACCAUUAUUGUUCUAAUGAAAGUAAAUGUCAUUUCAUCAAAUUUUAGAAGAGGGGGCUGUUGUAUAUAGUUAAUUUUAAGUUCUGUGAGAUGAAUAUGACCAAAGUAAUUGUCGAAAUUAUUGUUCUUUAUUAAAAUAUAUUUCUGAAUGUGAAAUUAAGAAAACUCGUGCAAGCAUCUGAUUUUCUGUUUUAUUAUUAAACUGAUUGUAAAUUGUAAUUUGCUAUUUCAUUAUAUUUACCAUCGUAUGGCAUUGCCACUAAAUUCAUAUAGGCUAUGCAAGUACAAUUGAUUUUUAUAUGAGAUGAGCAGAUUCCAAAAUGGUAAAUAUAAGUAUUGAACUGCCUUCAGCAGGCAGUCAUAGGAUGAUGUGUUAACACUUGUAACUUGAUUGAAAGUGUCAUUAGUUUACACCUAAUACUUAAAGCCUGAAUUUUUCGCGUUUAAGAAUACACCAUACAGCUGUAGGUUUGGAAGCUUAGUCGAGGUGUAUAGCCUCCUUGUAGCUUAUAUAAUGGCGUCUGAACGCUUUAUUUUAGUAUGCUUUUAAAUUAAAAAGACUGAUUUUA